AUGGCUCCAGUUUGUUGCAUUGUACCAGAACAUGUUCUGCAAAAUAUUCUCGACGUAGGAGAGGCACAACAACAUGUUCUGGAUGCAUGCCGGUCUACUAUUGACCAAACAAAAGAAUUGCACAAUACCCGUAUUGAGCAUAAGCAGAGUCUCCUGGCGGAACAGGAGCGCCCAACCUUUGAAGGUAUAAUUCCAUCUUACAUCUUUGAAACCAUUGCCCGUGAGGCCUCAAAAGAAGAGCAACGUAAUUCAUCCCUCCAUACUAUGGCGCACGAUACUAAGCAGCAUGCAGUCACAGGAGCGUUGCGCCACUUGAACCGCACUGUUUAUGAUGCGCAGCAUACCAACAGGCAAAAUCCACCACGCAGCAAAAUCAUGAUUAAAGAAGGAGGCGCUCUUAUUUCCAAGGAGCAAGACCCAAGCUACGAUGCCAAUGAAUGCUACAUUGGAUUUCAAAAAACCUACGACUUUUACUUUAAUUUCUUCAACCGGGACUCAAUCGACGGUCGAGGUCUCAGUCUUGAGGGCUUUGUGCACUAUAGUAAAGGGUACCAAAAUGCAUUUUGGGACGGUAAAGAAAUGAUUUUCGGCGACGGGGACGGGGUUCUCUUUAACGGCUUUACCGAUGAGUUAGACGUCAUCGGUCACGAGCUCACCCAUGGAGUUGUUGAGUAUACGAGCCCGCUGGAUUACUCAUUCCAGAGUGGUGCGCUAAAUGAAUCGCUUGCUGAUGUCUUCGGGAUAAUGAUCAAGCAAUGGGGAAACGACCCAGCCAACCCACAGACUGCAGAGCAAUCAGAUUGGCUCAUUGGAGAGGGUAUCUGGGCGAAAGGUGUCAACGGCAGAGCACUGCGUGAUAUGAAAGCACCGGGAACAGCUUACAACGAUAGAAGAGUUGGAUCAGACCGCCAACCGGGUCACUGGAAGAACUUCCAGAAGCUUCCGCUCUCGGAAGACCAGGGCGGUGUUCAUAUCAAUUCCGGCAUCCCUAAUCAUGCGUUCUACUUAGCUUCUACAUUGAUUGGGGGUUACACUUGGCAAACUGCCGGGCCUAUUUGGUACAAGGCUUUAACUUGUGGCAAGCUUAGACAGAAUGCUUCGUUUAAGGAAUUUGCUGAGCUUACUAUUCUGAAUGCUGGUGACCACGAGGAUAAAAUCAAAGAGGCUUGGAAGCAGGUUGGAUAUCCAUUCGACGAGGGCAGAGAUGAAUUGUGA